AUGUCCUCCAAGCGCAAAUGGGACGAUCCCGCCGAGGCCGCUCCUGAUACUCCGGCCAAGGUCCCAAAGACGGAAGAAGGAGGAAAAACCGCGAGCGACGCCGCGGCCGCUGCCGCCGCCAUUGCCGCCAAAAUCGCGGCGCAAUACGCGGCAGGCGGACUCGGAGGCUCGAAGGACCCGCACGACGGAGACUUCACGUACGACAUCGACAUCAACGACGUGCGGAACCGGUACAUGCUUACGAAGGGCGGUACGCAACAGCAGAUUCAUGACGAGACCGGGGCCUCUGUGAGCACGAAGGGCACAUGGUACCCCGACAGGUCGAAGGCAACGGAGAAGGACCCGCCUCUCUACCUUCAUAUUUCUGCGACUACCCAAGAGAUACUGCAAAAGGCGAUCGAUAAGGUCAAUGAAUUGCUGAACAUGGACAUGGGGCCGCUGGUGGAUGAUAAGAAGCCGAGGGAGAGGCGUAAAUGGCCCGAAGAGAAGGUACCUGUGGGUCUUGAGUCCUUGAGGGCGUUCAACGUUCGCGCGAAAGUUGUCGGUCCGCAAGGUAUCUUCGUGAAAUACAUCCAGCAGGAGACAGGAACGAGGGUGCAGAUCAAGGGCCAGGGCUCUGGUUUCAUCGAUCAAGAAACCGGGCGUGAGGCUGACGAGCCCAUGUACAUCCAUAUAACAGGACCAGACGAAGGUCAAGUAGCGCGCGCCAAAGUCUUAACGGACGACCUUCUCGAAGUUGUCCGCGAAGAACACGCCAAGGUCAAAGUCAUUGUCCAGCAGCAGCAGAUGGAGCUCCAUCAAGCCCAGAUGCAGUACGCCGCUUACACUGCCGUAGCCUAUCCGGGGCAAGCGGCUCCUCCACCACCGGGCGCGGCGCCCCCGCCGCCUGACGCGCCUCCACCUCCACCUCCAGAUGGUAGCGCGCCCGCGCCGCCAGGAGGCGCUCCUGCCGCCGGCGCGUCACAAAGCCCACUGGACGCAUAUGCACAGUAUUGGGCUGCUUACGGCUACGACGUCAACACGCCUGAGUUCAAGGCGUGGCUCGCGAGCCAGCAGCAGCAAUAUGGGCAACAGGCAGGCGGUCAGCCUCCAGCUCCGAACGGCGCCGGUGCCCCGGCCCCUCCGCCGCCGUCUGGACAAGAUGCUGCGCCGCCCCCGCCCCCGCCGCCGGCAUAA